UUAAUUCUCAGAGAAAAGAAUCAAUGUACGUGGGAAUGGAGGCUUGCCGAAGCUCCAAGCCAUCAUCUUCUUCUUCUACUUCACUAUCAGAUCAGACGGAGAUCAGUUCGAGUUGAAGCCACUGAAAUUCUCCCAUGGAAACCGAAGCUCAUGACUCGAAACCUGAUGCAGCAGCAAAUGCUGCUUUCAUCAACUCUUUCAUCGAGAUCACAUCCUCCUCCAAAGAGGAAGCCCUUUUCUUCUUAAGGUUGACAACAGGGCUUCCGGGAGCAGGACACGUCGCAUCCGCACGCUUUCUGACCUAAACCGGCCGGCGGAGGACGGCUCUGAUAGCGACUCUGAUGAGCUACAAGAGUACUAUACUGGUGGUGAGAAGAGUGGAAUGCUUGUCCAGGAUCCUACCAAAGGUAAUUCUGUCGAUGCAAUUUUUGACCAAGCCAGACAAUCAGCAGUAGACGUACCUAUUGAACCAUCUUCAGCUUCCAAAAGCUUUUCUGGAACUGCAAGAUUGCUCUCUGGUGAGACAAUGCCAUCAAUUCCUAGGCACCCUGAGGCUGUCACACACACUGUCACUUUUUGGAGGAAUGGAUUCUCCAUUGAUGAUGGUCCUUUACGGAGGUUGGAUGAUCCUGAAAAUGCACCAUUUUUAGAGAGUAUUAGAAGAUCAGAGUGCCCGGAAGAGCUUGAACCAGCCGAUAGGAGGACUUCUGUCCAUGUUAAUCUUGUCAGAAAGGAGGAAGACUACCCAGAACCGGUGAAGCGCCGCCAUGCUCCAUUCCAAGGUGUUGGGAGAACAUUAGCGAGCGACUCACCAAACCUGGUUGCUCCCGAGCGUACUUCUGCUGCUAUUUCACCUAGUGUUGCUCCGCUCCCAUCAACAGGUUUGGUUGUAGACGAGUCACUGCCAAUAACUUCUCUUCAGCUAAGGCUGGCAGAUGGGACACGAAUGGUGUCGCGUUUCAACCACCACCAUACAAUCAGGGACAUCCGUGGGUUCAUUGAUGCAUCAAGACCUAGUGGUGCAAGAAAUUACCAACUCCAGACGAUGGGGUUCCCUCCCAAACAAUUGGCCGAUCUGGAUCAAACUAUAGAACAAGCUGGAAUAGCCAAUUCUGUUGUGAUUCAGAAAUUCUAGGAGGCUGGCUGGCGGCAAAGGUUAGCAAACGUUGAAACAGAGCAUGUUUUUCCAUCCUACGUCUUAUUUUGGGUUUUGAUAGCUAUGCUAUGCUUUUAAGGAUAAAUUUGCUUAGACAUGUGGCCUCCAGUUUCCAUUUGAAUUGAACUAUUAUGUUAUGAUAGUAAAGUUGUAUUCCCAGGGCCAUAAGAAAAGAACGAUACCACAAAUCAAAUCAUAUCCUAAGGAUUAGGACACGACACGACGCCUGGGUAAGAGAAUGAGAAUGUGAGCUGUAGAAUUCCAAUAGUAUGUGAGGCAUUAUUUAGAUCACGUCAAUCAUUAGUUGUUUAUGGGUCACCAACUAACAAGAAACAAUGGAUGCAAUAAAGAUAAGAGUCAUUAGGUUGGUGUUGUGCA